GUUGUUCGUAAAUUACUACUCUUCGCUAAAAGGAAUUGAAACACCAGAGUGCAGAAUAUAAACAAACCUUAUAAGUCGUGUUGUCACAAUGAUCAUUAGAAGAGGAUUGUCAACGCUAUUCAGUAAUUCUGCCAAGCAGAUAUUUGUUGAAUGUUCAAGACAACGUUGCCGGCUUUUGGUCUUCAAAAAGUCAGUGUCCCAAGCUCUCGCAGGAGAAAACAUAGGUGCUCUAUUACGAGGUGUUCGCUUGGAGGCUUUACACCGUGGAAUGACUCUGUGUUUUGCAGGGUCCCAAGCAGCUUAUAACAGGUUUGAAGCAACAAUUUACCUUCUCAGUCGAAGUGAAGGAGGAAGAUCUCGCCCCUUAACAUCAAAGUACAUUCAACAGCUUUUUAGUAGGACCUGGAACAUAACAUGUCGUGUAGACCUGCCAGAUGGUGUGGAAAUGAUCAUGCCAGGCUACUAUGACUGCAUAUUCCUUGAAAUAAUCAGAAACUUGUGCACUAGAUAA